GGAAUAAGGUAGUGAUAGGCUGAAUAUUUUAUCCAAAACUGGCUUUGAUUUCUAUUCUUGCUACAGAGAAAGGCCAAACGGUAGAGGUUACUAAUAAAUGAAACGUGGAAAUGAAAGUUCUGGGUUUUCCCCCCUUUUUAAUUUUCGUUUCCAACCUCUCUCUCUCUCUCUCUCGUUUACAUCGAGUUCAAUCUGAUCUUGUUGUGCUUUGUCCAUACGGCUGCCGAGAUGAGCUAUGGAGGAAACUCUUCUUCUUCCCGUCGCCCGUGGAAGUAUGAUGUCUUCUUGAGUUUUUGCGGUCAGGAUGCUCUCACCAGUUUCAUCGAUUUCCUCUUUAAUGAGUUGGUCCGUGAUGGGAUUCACACCUUUAGAGACAACGAAGAGCUAAACAAAGGAGAGGAUAUCUCUUCAGAACUGAUGGAAGCCAUUGAAGGUUCUAGGAUUGCCAUUAUCGUCUUCUCUAAGAAUUAUGCUUCUUCCACUUGGUGCCUUGAUGAGCUAGUGAAGAUCCUCGAUUGCAAAAGGAAAAACCAAACAGAAAAAGUUAUGCCAGUUUUCUACAAGGUGGAUCCAUCAGAUGUCAGGAAACAGAGUAACACUUAUGCCAAGGCAUUUAAGACACACGAAAAGCGUUUCAAGAAGAAGAUGGGAAAGGUGAAGGCUUGGAGGGUUGCUCUCACAGAAGCAGCAAAUUUGGCAGGCUGGGAUCAAAGAAAUGUCGCAGAUGGGCAUGAGGCGGAGCUUAUGAAGAAAAUUGUUGAUGAAGUGUUGAAAAUAGUGAACGAGACAUGCUUGCAUGUUGCGGAACAUCCAAUUGGGUUAGACUCCCACAUUAAGCCCAUAGGUCGUUUACUAAAUGAUGGCGGAUUGGAUGUUGUUCGCAUCAUAGGGAUAUAUGGCCCAAGUGGAAUAGGUAAGACAACUAUAGCAAAAGCCUUUUUUAACGACAUGUUUAGAAAUUUUGAAGGUAGCAGCUUUCUUGCUAAUGUUAGAGAGGUUUCAAGUCAGUGUAAUGGAGUAGCUCUCUUACAAAAACAGCUUCUCUCUGAUGUCUUCAAGAGAAAGGUCGAAGACAUAAACAAUGAGGACCAAGGAAUCAUUAUUAUCAAAGAGCGUUUGUAUUGUAAAAGAGUUCUCAUUAUUCUUGAUGAUGUGGAUAAAAUGGAACAAUUCUGUAAAUUGGUUGGAAGGCAUGGUUGGUUUUGUCCGGGAAGUCGAAUCAUCCUAACAACUAGAGACAAGCAUUUGCUAGAUAAGCUGGAGACAAAUGAAAAAUAUUUGGUCGAGACAAUGAAUCAAUACGAAUCCCUUCAACUUUUCAGUCGCCAUGCCUUUCAACAAAAUCAUCCAUUAGAAGGCUAUGAGCAGCUAUCAAAUGAAGUGAUACAUUAUGCAGGGGGCCUUCCAUUAGCUCUUGAGGUUUUGGGUUCUCAUCUACGCAAAAAAAUUCAAGUUGAGUGGGAAAAUGAAUUGAAGAAAUUAAGAAAGAUACCCAAUGAUCAGAUUUUAGAAAAACUUGAAAUAAGUUACAACGGGUUAGAUGAUUUUGACAAGACAAUAUUCCUUGAUAUAUCAUGCUUUUUCAUUGGAAAGAACAAAAGUGUUGUCAUUACAAUUCUAGAUGCUUGCGGUGCGGGCGGAGAAGCUGGAAUUAAACUGCUCAUAGAGAGGUCUUUGAUAACAAUUGAUGAAGAUAACUUGUUACAUAUGCAUGAUUUGAUUCGAGAUAUGGGAAGGGAGAUUGUUCGUGAACAAUCUCCUAGGAAGCCUGGAGGUCGUAGUAGAUUGUGGGACAACGAUGAUGUCAUUGAUGUAUUAAAAAACCUCACUGGAACAGAUGCAGUUGAAGGCAUUCAAUUAAACUUGUUUAAUCUUAAGAAAGACCGGUUGACCAUUGUAGGAUUUUCUAAAUGCCUAAUCUAAGAUUACUCGAAGUUGAUGGCGUAUGGGUCGACCCCAAAAUAGAUCUGGAACGUUCUCAUCAGAAGUGCUUCAAAAACUUAGCUUGGGUUAGUUGGUAUGGAUUCCCUUACAAAUAUAUACCAAAUAAUUUUGAUCUAAGGAACCUUGUUAUUCUUGACAUGCCAUGGAGCAAACUUAAACAAGUUUGGAAGGGAACCAAGGUACGUAUGUCACAAUUUUUUUGAGUUCUCCUAUAUUUGUUUUUUAAAUCAUAUGUUAUUCAUGGAAACUAAUUUUCCCCCUUUUUUCUAGUAUCUCACAAAGCUGAAGGAACUCAAUCUUAGUGUUUCCAACUAUCUAAUCCGUACGCCGGACUUCUCAGGGCUCCUAAAUCUUGAGAAACUGAUUCUCAGUGGUUGUAGCAGUUUGGUUGAAGUCGAUGAGAGUAUUGAC